UCUUUACCUUUAACUUUUGCCUCCUCUGCUAUAUGCUUCAAUGCUUCUUUUUCAUCCCUAACCCAAAACAUUAACCUUUACCACACUAUGUUCCUUCUUUUAUGCAAUGUAUAAAUCACAACCCAAAAAAGAAACCAUUUUCAUCACUCUCACACUCCAUUUUCCACUUCCAAGUUCCACCCAAAGUUCUCAACCUCACUCAUUCACCAACUCACAAAUAUGGAGAUAUUGUCACAAAUGUGGUCAUUGUUAGGGUUACUCACAGUGCUCCAAAAUGUGCUCCCAUCACAGCUUCUCUCAGUGCUUCAUUCUCUGUAUGAAUCCCUACAAGACUUGCUCUCUCCAUACUCCUACUUCGAGAUUCCGGAGUUCAACGGCUACUGCGGCGUCGAGCUCAACGACCUCUACCGCCACGUCCACCUCUACCUCAACGCCGUGAACCACUCCCCUGCCGCCACAUGCCGCCGACUAACCCUCUCCCGCUCCCCAUCAUCAAAACGCAUCUCAUUCGCCGUCGCGCCAAACCACACCGUCAACGACACCUUCGGCGGCCAUCGCCUGUCCUGGACCCACCAAGUCGACACCGUGCAGGACUCCCUCGAGGAGCGACGGAGCUUCACCCUAAGAUUCCCGAAGCGCCACCGCCACGCUCUCCUCUCCCCUUACCUCACCCACGUCACUGCCCGCGCCGAGGAGUUCGAGCGCGUCUCGCGCGAGCGCAGGCUCUUCACCAACAACAAUGGUUCCGGCUCGUUCGAAUCCGGUUGGGUCUCCGUCCCGUUCCGCCACCCCUCCACAUUCGAAACCCUAGCUCUGGAACCAGAUCUGAAAAAACGAAUCAAAACCGACCUCACCAAUUUCUCCACCGGCAGGGAAUUCUACCACCGCGUCGGCCGAGCUUGGAAGCGCGGCUACCUCCUCCACGGCCCUCCCGGUUCGGGUAAAUCAAGCCUCAUCGCCGCCAUGGCGAAUUUCCUCUGCUACGACGUCUACGACCUAGAACUCACAAAAGUCACCGACAACUCCGAGCUCCGAUCACUCCUGAUCCAAACAACGAGCCGUUCGAUCAUCGUGAUCGAAGACAUCGAUUGCUCCGUCGAUCUAACCGCAGAUCGAUCCCUAAAGAAAACUACAGGAUCAAAAUCGUCGUCGAGAACGAGAAAGGAGAGCAACAAAACGGCGUCGUGCGGCGAUGAAACGGGUCGGGUCACGCUUUCGGGGCUGUUAAACUUCACCGACGGGUUAUGGUCAUGCUGCGGGGAGGAGAGGCUGGUGGUGUUCACGACGAACCACCGGGAGAGCAUCGACCCGGCGCUGGUCCGGUGCGGGCGGAUGGACGUGCACGUGAGCCUCGGCACGUGCGGGGUUCACGCGUUCCGGGAGCUAGCAAGGAACUACCUAGGGGUGGAGUCGCACGUGAUGUUCGAGGCGGUGGAGGGGUGUAUCCGCUCCGGUGGGUCGCUCACGCCGGCGCAUGUGGGGGAGAUUCUGUUGAGGAAUCGGGGAGAUGCUGAUGUGGCGUUGAGGGAGGUGGUGGCGGCGAUGCAGGGGAGGGUGGUUGGUGGUGGCGGCGACAGUGGUGAUCAGACGACGACAGAUAGUGAGGAUGUGGCGGUGGUUGGGGUGAGGUCGCCGGAGAGUGUGUUGAUGAUGGGGUCGCCGGAGAAUUGGGAUUCGUUGGGCGGGAAGAGGAGGAAGGAGCAGCAUCAUGCGUCGAGUCAUUUGGAGAAAAAAGUCAAAUUCUUUGUGAGGUUGAGGUCGUUGACCAAAUCUGACUCGGGUAGAAGAUGAAAAUGUUUUGUGAAUUAGUGAGGUUUUUGUAAAGGUGAUUAGUCUAUGAGUCGGGAUCCUCUGAAGUGUUAAAAAAUUUGAGAGUGUGAAGUUUUAACAUUUCAUCAUUAACUUUUGUCUAGAUAAUAAAUGAAAAAUAAAAUAAAAUUAAUGGUGAGAUGAUGAAACUUAACACUCUCAAGUUUUUUUACACAUGAGAGGAUCCAAACCCUUACUAUAUGACUUCUCUGAUUAAAUUUUACCUUUCUGUUUAGGAAUUCAGAUAGACUUACAUUAUGUUAUGCCUCUAUUCGAAUCUAUUACAUUUAUGGUCUUUUUUUUUUUUAA